UUAAUCCAAUUAUCCUUAUCCAAUGCCUUACUUAUCUCCUUUUUUCUUCGAGUUGUCUCCUUCCGGGAAAAUCCAAAUCUGAUUUUUCUCUCCAUACAAACACCUCCUAUCCCGAAUAUUCGUAUUUCACUCGCGUCACAGAAAUGGCUUUUCCUUUCCCACCGAUCUAAGGUUCCUCUGACUUUCUCUUUUAGUAUAUAAAACCUCCCCGGAAUAUAAUUCCGAUGGCUUUUCUCGUACCUUCCGUUGAAGUUUCCUCCAUCUCCGGCUGUCGCCCCGAAACUACUUCCAAGUUUGUGUCCAUCACAAACCCUAGAAAUGUUCAAAACCUCACAAUCUUGAAAAGCAAUAGCAAGUUUAGGUUGUAUACGAGAAUAAAAGAUUUGGAGGCUAGAGUUUCAAAUUCUUCGAGGCAUGCCUUGAGGUUGUACGAACAGUUCGCAGCUCCGGUGAUGCCCGAUACUACGUCGUCACCGAAGCAGAACAAAGAGGAUGAAGAUAAGCAGAAUUACUACUUGAAUAUGGGUUAUGCAAUUCGGACUCUGCGAGAGGAGUUUCCUGAGAUUUUCUAUAAGGAACUCAGUUUUGACAUCUACAGGGAUGAUAUUGUCUUCAAGGAUCCGCUCAACACUUUUGCCGGCAUUGAGAACUAUAAGUCAAUCUUCUGGGCUCUAAGAUUCCACGGCAGGAUAUUUUUCAAGGCCUUGUGGGUUGACAUUAUUAGUGUGUGGCAACCUGUGGAGAGCACCAUAAUUGUCCGCUGGACUGUCCAUGGUAUCCCACGAGUACCAUGGGAGAGUCGAGGCCGAUUUGAUGGGAUUUCCGAGUACAAACUUGAUAAGCAUGGGAAGAUAUUUGAGCAUCAAGUUCACAACAUUGCUCUAAAUGCACCCCCAAAGUUCCUAGUACUUUCUGUGGAUGAACUAAUCCAAUCUCUUGGCUGCCCCUCAACGCCAAAGCCAACUUACUUUGAGAUUUUAGCCACUUCCAUCAUUAACUAUGCACCAUUAUUGGUGAAAUUCACUCGGAUUAGGCAUCAUUUGGCUUCUGCAUUUGCCUUUCCUCGGAGGUCUAAGACAGAAUCAUCGCGGAGAGCAUAGGGAAGUUCCAAAAUUUUUGUUGUUUGUGAUAUCUUAAACUAAAUAUAUUGAACUGUUUUGGUAGUUGACUGAAGUACCAUUUGGCCAAUUACCGCAAUCCUGUGCUGGAGCUGCUUAGAGUUGGUUUCCAAGUGUUACUAAUUACCCUGUUGGGUGUAAUUACUGGACUUAGUUCUUAAACUCAAGGAAUGACUACUCUGUAUAUAUUGUAUAAUGGGAGCAAGUACAUGGUUUUGUUUUGUUGGGUUUA